GUGCAGCGUGCCGCGCGGGGCCUCUAUCCACGCAAGGUUUCGGGACGGUCCUGGCCUGCUAGCUUCAUUCCUUUUUGGGCGCAGCUUCAUUUUCUUGCUUUGCACGCGGGAUAAUAGCUAGCAGGGGCUUGGGAAAUGUGCGCGUGGGUCGCCGGCAAAAGGGAGACGCAAGUAAGCAAGUGCCUCCGCAAAGGCCAGCAGCUCUUUACAUGUUCACUCUCUUUUCUUGUAUGCGCUCGCCUGCUGGCCACACGCGCGGUGCAACUGGGGCGGCCGCGCGCGGGCGGGACUAUGCUUGCGCCAGCGGUCUCCUGCAAAAGCCGGCUCACAGCCUCGCUCCUUGAUUGCUAGCACCCAAAUGAUAAAUUUUACGCAAUGCAGCACAUCGCAGGCGGCGCUGGCGCGGUCAAUGCAGAGGUGGUUGCGUUGACUGCUUGACGGUUUGGCACAGGUGAGCCGCGGACACAUUGACCCAGGCCUCCGCGGCUAUAAAGUUGGGCGCCAGCAGUCCCUUAUUCAGUUACACACACGUAAUCUACGACUUCUUAUACACAGCCCCUAGCUCUCCUGCUGGUUGCGCUCGCUCAACGCAACUUCCAGCAGUUCGCGGCGGGACCCAACUCUGUUCCUCGCGAUUUUAGCUCGCUCUUCGCAGCAUUAGUAUUAUAUUGUAUCUCUUGACAAACUCUAUUGCGGUCAGGAGCUUCAGCGCGCUUUGUCGAACGCCUUUCGUUGGCAACUUCGAUUGACCCGUUUCGAUUGCUUACUUGGCUUCCUCGCAAUGUCGCACUAUGCUUCCACUGCGAAGCUGCAGAGCUCUGCUUUGGGAAAGGCCGCCAAUCGCUCAUUGGGAGCUCGCGCGUCUGGUGCCCGUAGCGGUGUCCGUGCCAUGCUCCAGCAGACUCGCCCCGGCGAGUGCCCGCCGACCUUGCUCUCUGGCGCUGCUGGUGUUCUCGGCAUCUUCUCUUUCAAGACUGGCAUCUGGUCCAAUGACGGUGUGGCGUAUGGGCCGGAGGCUGCUGGUGGCACAGCCUGCUGGCCGUCGUCGUCAGCAGCCAGCGACUCCCGUGGCACCUCCAAGUCCAGCUGCGGCUCGCGCUCCAAGGAGACCACUGCUGGGGUGUCCAGCGAUGUGACGCCGGUGCUCUCAUCUUCCUCCUCCGGGAUCAACACCGCUGAGACCAUCCCCGCCGCGCCACUGCCCCAGCCCGCCUCCACCAUCAUUGCCAAGCCCGCCACCAUGCCUGCCACAGCCACCACCCAGCCCGCCACCAAGCCCGCUGCUGCUGUUAGCGGACUGGGCCCGGUUUGUUUCCCGGUGGAGCGUGGCACCCUGCGGUCCACUGCCCCGCCGUCCUCGUCACCCACCCCCUCCCUGGCCAUUGCUGGAUCCUCCGCCUCCGCUGCUGCCUCCGCCUCCUCCAUCAUGCGCGUACGUGCCUACCACGACAACACACCCGCACACGUGGCGGGAGGACACGGCAAGGUCGGCUUCUGCCGCCUCACCACCACCAUCACCACAACUGCCACCACCUCCACUGUGGACUCCUCCGACCCCCACAACGCCCCCAGCACCAGCCACACCAGCCGCACGACCCAGCGCGCGGCCUGGAAGGCGGUGGAGUUCCACUCGCGGCUCGGCUGUGACGAGCUGCAGGCCUUUGCGGCGGAGGUGGUGGCGCACAUCGCGGUCACCAACAUCGGCUGCGCUCACGUGUGCAACUGCUACGGCUACCGCCAGGCGGGCGAUUCCACCGGCGUGCUGUACAUGGAGCCCGGCAUCAAGGACCUGUACGACAUCUGGCACUCCUUCACGUCCCGCCGCACGCCCCUGCCCGAGGCCGCGAUCAAGGUGGUGCUGGCAUCCAUCCUGAGGGCCCUCAAGGCCACACACGAGGCCGGCUACGCCCACCUGGACCUCAAGCCCGAGAACGUGAUCCUGGGACCCGAUGGCCUGCUCAAAAUGAUCGACUUUGGCCUGGCCCGCCCCAUCACCUCCACCGCCACCGCCACCAUCUUCACCUCCGCCGCCACCGCGGCCUCCGCAUCCACCGCCUCCAUCUUGAUCCGCCCGGCUGGCACCCUCAUGGAGGUCAUCGCCGCCGGUACGAUUGGCUACGCGGCACCUGAGGUCGUGGCCCGUGUUCCGUACAAGGAUAACACGGCUGCCUGGCUGGAGGUCCCCAUCUCCGGCCCCGCCGCCGACGUCUACUCGCUGGGCGCCGUGGCCUUCCAACUCGCUAUCCAGCCCGAGACCCUCAAGGCCCUGGGCGGCCGCUCCACACCGCCGCCGGCCUCGUCCAAGGAGUGCCUUGCGCUGCUGGGCCACCUGUCGCCUGAGCUGGGCUCGCUCAUUGCCGCCAUGGUCACCACCGACCCUGCGUCUCGGCCCGCCGUGGCUGCAGCACUGGCACACCCCGCACUGCGCGACUGCGAGAGCAAGGAGGGUCGCCGCUGGCGGUGGUGAAGGAAGCAAGGGAGCACCGCCGCCGUUUGGCGUGUGCGUGUGCAUGGUGUGCAGUGGAUGGUCAGCUGCUUGCUGGCGGUUUGGAUGGGUGCGGUAGGUGCGGUAGGGGCGGCAUUGCGUUGUGACAGAAUAGACAGAAUGGCUUUAGCGAGGGUACGCAGUCCCUGGCGCCUUAGUAGAUGCAUGGAUAUGUACAGUCAGAGCGGGCAAUGCUCGUAGUGCAACUAAUCACGCAGUUACUAGUCUGCGUUCGAUGAUGGCCAUGAUCGUUUGCGCCCGUUCACUAGCUAGGGGCUUCCGGCACUGGAGACUUUGUCAGGCAAACGCUAUGACGGGGACACAGGUGCACUUGUGUGGGAGGUACCGUAUGCGGUCCCUAGUGCCUUAGUAAAUGCGAGUAUGUUUUACAGUCAGAGCGGGCAAGGGCGAAUAGCUUGCUGCGGCUGUACGUACGGUAUGAAUGCGUGUGAGUGGGCGGCACCGCGUGUGCAACUUGGUGAUUCGGGUGAUGUCCAUCAACGCGACUCGAGACAGAAACGAUUGCAUUAGAAAAAGGAUCCAGGCCAGCUACAUCAAAGACCCAGUGUAAACAAACGUACUG